ACUGAAACAACGAUGAAGAAGACCAGGACGCCAUUCCAAGCCCCAACUUGCAAACGGACGCCCGAUUUUCUAGUUGCUCAUCGAUCGAGUUGCCGAGCUCCAAUAAACACCAGCCAUGCAAAAAUCCUAGUAGGACGGACCCAAUCAGAUCUGCUUGGAUCUUCCUUCUUCCCAAAAUCCAUUGCUUGCACUAAAAUGAAUAACAUAUACUAGUAGCUGAAAGAGAGAGGCCAGCAUCUCUAUAUAUGAGAUGAGAUGAGAUGGGUCAAAAAGACUGCUCCUCCUGCUCACCUCAGACCUUGCCUAGCUUCAGUGUGAGCUCCGUAGCUCAUGCUGCGACUUGCUAUCUUUUUCUGAUCCUUGUAUACAACAAGGCUGCAGCAUCUCUGCUUCCGCCAUGGACAGGGUCACCCAGUGGGUUUCGUCCCAGCAGGAUGUCCCUGCCGACCUUACCAUCCGGAUCGCCGACUCCAUCUUCCCUCUCCACAAGGCGGUCAUGGUGCCCAGGCGCGGCUACAUCCGCCGGGCCAUCGCCAAGGAGGACCCCUCCGCCGCCGUCGAGCUCAACCUCUCCGCGCUGCCCGGCGGCGCCGACGCGUUCGAGAAGGCGGCGCGCUACUGCUACGGCGCCAACUUCGAGAUCACCUCGCGCAACGCCGCCGCGCUCCGCUGCGCCGCGGCGUUCCUCGACAUGCAGCACCCAGCGGACCUGGCCCGCCGCGUCGACGAGUUCCUCGCGCAGGCCGGCCUCCGCGCGCUGCCCAGCGCGGUGACCGUGCUGCGCUCCUGCGAGGCGCUCCUCCCGGCCGCCGAGGAGCUCGGCGUCGUGCGCCGGGCCGCGGACGCCGUCGCGCUCAGGAUCUGCAACGCGGCGCUGUUCCCGACCAGGACGCCGCCGGGGUGGUGGACGACCGAGCUCGCGGCGCUCUCGCCGGCGUCGUUCCAGAAGGUCGCCACGGCGCUGCGGUGCCGCCGCGCGGACCCCAAGGUGCUUGCGAACGCGGCGAGCGCCUACGCGGAGCUCACGCUGGCGGAGGUCCUCGCCGACCCCCAGGACAAGGAGGACCAGCGCGCGCUUGUCGAGUCCGUGGUGGACGUGCUCCCUUCCGCCGCCGACGCACCCAUCCCGGCGGCGCUCCUCUGCCGCCUCCUCCACGCCGCGGUCACCACCGAGGCCUCCGCCAAGACGUGCCGCGACCUGGAGCUCCGCGUCGCGGCGGUGCUGGAGCAGGCCACCGCGGGGGACCUGCUGGGCGUCGCGCUCGACGGCGCCGGAGAGCGCGUGAGGAACACCGACACAGUGCGGCGCGUCAUCGCCGCCUUCGUCGAGCGGCAUGCGGCGGCGUCGACGGAAAGCGGGCGGAGCCGCCGGCGGGCGUCGCUGUCCGGCAGCCGAGCUGCAGAGGUCGAUCCGGGCGCGAUGGAGAAGGUGGCCAGGAUGGUGGACGAGGUGGCGGCGGAGCUGGCGACGGAGGAGUCGCUGGCGAUCUCCAAGUUCGUGGGCGUGGCGGGGGCGGUGCCCAAGGAGGCGCGGGCGAAGCACGACGGCGUGUACAGGGCGGUGGACAUCUACCUGAAGACGCACCCGGCGCUGGACGAGAUGGAGCGGGAGAAGGUGUGCAGCGUCAUGGACCCGAUUGUGCGCACAGUGGCCCGUGCCCACCCCAUUUUGGAGCGUAUCGGCCCGUGCCCACCCGAUGUCCUGGCCGUUGGAUGCAUUCCAAGAUUUGCGAACGGCCCAACCGCAUUAGGAGCAGCUUGUACUGGUGAGGGAUCAAGCACCGGUUCCGCGGGCGCAUGAAAAAGCUUAAGGUCCUCGUGGGAGCUUCUCGGUCAAGGGAAAACUGGGUAGCAGCAAUUGUCAACAGCACGCGAGCUAUGGUGUGACAGGACUUUUAGCAUGCUCGUGGACUGGACUUGUUGGCCUUCAGUGUUUCAGCUGUAGUUUGUUAUUAACGUUUCACCUUGAUCGUUGAUUUCGAGUUAUACCAGCUCUGUAUGUAAGCUCUUAACAUUUUACUGCCUUACUUGGUCCGUGACUAAAUGUUAAAUGUUCUUCAGUAUUUCUGCUUGCAAUGAUAGCUUGGAAUGUGCAUAUUAUUCUUUCUAAAAAAAA